AAUACUCUUUUAACAAAGUUAAUGGCUCUGAAUUUUGAUUGAGUGUAGUAAAUUUUAAAUAUUGCAAAUAGAAUUCUCUUAUACUGGACGUUCUAUUAACUGAGUGAUUUGAAUUGUAGAUGCAAGAUGUCAGUCAAUGUACAAGACUUGGAGGAAGUUGAAGGUCGUGUCGUCACGGAUUCGGUCCAUGAGAGAUUUCGACAAACGCGUGUUCAUUGUGACGAUUGCAACCGAGACAUCUCGGGAAACUGGGCUGCCAUAAGGAAGCACUUCGACGAUUCGCAUCCCUCUGAUAGACACUGCUGCUACUGCAAAGGCAAGGUUUUUACGUAUCGUACGAUUAUGACAAUAGAUAGUAGAGAAUCGUCAGAUAGUUUUGUGUAUCAUAAAUGCAAGCACAAGGAGCAGCUCCAAACAAACACAUCAAAAGAACCCACAUAAAUACCGAUAUCUCUGUAAUUUCUAGACACAAGAUCUGUGAAUUUGAUAUUUUAAAUAGAAAUAAGUAUAUGCAGAAAUCCAUGACAGCUAUGAAGUAUAAUUCUUAGUAAUGAAAAAUUGAUUUGAUUAAAAAAAAACAAACAGAGAUUUUACUGAAGUAUAUGUCACAAAAACUCUUACCUAAAUCUAACAAAUGCUUGCCUAAUUAACUGAUAAAUAUCAAGAGACAUAGUAAUGUCUUACAUCAAGUACAAGCAAGUUUUGAUAUUAUAUGCAUACAAUUCUUAUCAACUGAUAUUCAGUGAUAAGAAAUGUUUAAUUUUACAUGCAAUAUACUGUUCAUAGUACACUCCUAAAUUUAUUAAUCUUUCUAUAAAGAAUAAAUGAGAUGUGUGUUUUGUAUAGAAAUAAGUCCAUCUGCUGUUAUAAAUGUAAGCAUUUUCUAUGGCAGAUCGCUUUUCGAUUAAUAACUCCUUUCUGGGAGUGACAAGGCUAUUUUAUAUAUUCUUGCAAGUUUUCACAGUAUCAUAACAUAAGGUAAAGCAUAUAUUGUGUUUUUGAAAAUAAUUGAAAACUAUAGUUUUCAAGUAUUUUUAUGUCAAUAAUAUACAAAUACGAUGCAUGCGAGUGCUGAAAGUGAACAACAGACGGACUUAUUCUGUGCAAAAUAUGUGUAUUUUACUUUUACAGAUAAAUUAACGAAGGUGUAUUGAAAUUAAUAAACAGUAAUAUGCACUAAACGUUUCUUGCAUAAUAUUAACAAAUAUCUCUAAGCAACUACGUCUCUCUACGAUUU